GUGGUGGUGGUGGUGCACAAGAAACAUAUGAGAUGAUGAUGUUGUUGCCACACUUUUCUUGCUCUCUCACAAGCUUGCCUUCUCAUCACCACCAUCAUAAUAAACUAUUCCACCAUAUCAAACCAGACUUCAAAGAAUCAUAUGUAGUUGGUCCGAUUAUACAACCUAGCAGAUUCACCCCUUCUGCUGCUAAAUCCGGUGCUUUCUCUUCGAUAUUUAAGAAGUGUGAGGCAUGUCGAGGCCAAGGUGCCAUAGAGUGUCCUGGAUGCAAGGGGACCGGAAGGAACAAAAAGAACGGCAACAUUUUUGAGCGAUGGAAGUGUUUUGAAUGUCAAGGAUUUGGAUUAAAGAGCUGCCCUCAGUGUGGUAAAGGAGGUCUUACGCCAGAACAAAGAGGGGAGAGAUAGCUUUAUUCCACCUAUAUAACAUUUAUCCUGCUUCUAAGCAUGUACAUACGCUCGUGUGUUCAUACACUCGAGGAGCGUUCUUGUACUACAAUAAAUACUCGUAUGAUCGUAUAUUCACAUGUUAUCUGAUAUGAUUACUCGAUCAAUUAAUAUUAUUUGUAUUUAUAAUAGCAAGAGUGAGUAUAUAUACAAAUAUUGAUGUGUGCGAUCUUUCUUAUAUCA